CUGCGUUCUCGUGAUUUCAAUAAGAUACAAAAUGACCAGAACAAAAAAGCCCCGAAAGCCUUCAUCUAUCAGGAACGAACUGGGUACUCAAGGAUUUUUCAGCCACAGUUUAGUAUCCAGCCACAAUAUCUCACAGAAGAGCAACUAUGAAGAUCUCAACAACUUUUUAACUAGAACAUACACAUCAACUGACCACCUCCAGAAAGAACUGAAAUGUUUUUAUGAGAAAAAAGUAAAAGCUCACAAUGAACGAUACAGGUCUUCAUGUUCACAUGCAAAAGCAGUUUUCAAAGAAACGAUUCAAAGUUUUCCAAACACAUAUCUAAAUUCAAUGAUAUGUAAACCCAUGGUCGAGGAACUGUUAAAUGAUCAGAACAAAUGUCUUAACGAAACUGGACCAAAGCCUCGACCAUCAAGAGCUCGGAAGCCUGACAUCACAUGCAAUGCCCUAUGUGAAUUUAAAAGGCCUAAAACUCCUAGAGUAAACCGUAGUUCAUCCAGGAAGCGAUCAACUUCAGCACCGCCACCAAUAACUACUCCUUCAUCUGACAGAUUCAAGACACCCACUAACAGUCGGCAAAACCUCGGUCCAAUGUCGAUGAUCACACCGAAGGUGUCAGCCACCCCCAUGUGUUUCCUGAGGCGUCCUGAACACGGAGAAGUAGCAUUCGCCUCCUCAGGAAGUCCCUUGCUUGUCGGACGUGUAUCUCUUGAUGAUAUCCCGACUGUCAGUAUUCCUCUGCAAGAUGGUCGGAUAUUUUCAAUACUUCCUGAUCCUGGAGCCUCCGCUCCAAGCCUUCCAGAGUUUGAUGAAGAAACUAAGAAAUAUUUGAAGACUCUGAGACAACAUUUGGAGUUACUUGCCCCAAAUACCCCUUGAGGUCAGCUUGCUUACCUGAGAAAAUGCGAGUCCAGAGGCUUUUAUAUAGAUACACAAUAAAAGAACACAAAGAACACUGAUAUUUCGUCCUGAUAGGAUUAAGAGUAAUCUGUCAGAGAUCUAGAGUAAUCUAGUCAGAUUUUCUGACUAUGUAAGUUAGCUGAACGUUUUUACUUGUUAUGUUACUGUUAUUACUUGUUUAAACAAUUCCUUACCAGCCAAUUGGAUUUCACAAAUACUCCCUGAGUAAUUUGUUAGUUUACAUAGCCAAUACAAGACCUGACAUUAAGCUAUGUUAUGUCAAAUGGUCAGUAAAACACUCAUUCAGCGCAAAUUAGGAUAAUUAUUCUAGGUCUUUUUAUCUUUUUACAAAGUAAUUUUUCAUCAAUAGUAUAAAAAUGUUGUUGUUAAAAUGAAACUGUAACAAUUUAUUGACACUUAUAAUAGACAAUUUAUUAUACAAGACUGCACCUGUAGAUGAUCUAAUAGAGCUUUUGAGAUUUCUCAACUGAACAGAAAAUGUAAGUCCUUUAGCAAAUUUUCUAUGCCCACUAGUAUUAUACUAUUUGUGCUGAUUAAGAUGUGUUGAGUAGCUAUACACAGAAUAGACUUCCCUUUAUAAUGUAAAAACUUGAAGCCAAAAAAUGUGCAAUCUGUUGAGAUGGUACCAACUAAUGACAGUAUUCUGUGUUAAGUGAUAAAUCAAUCAGCUGUUCUGUUGACAUGGAUUUUAAUUAAUUUUUUACCCAAUUCACUAGUACCCUCUGGUGAGAUGGUCCUGAACUUCAUCUAUUUUUUCUUGGGUUCAAAUUUUUACAGUGGAUGAGAACUCUACUAUAGUAUGUUUAUAGUAUAUUAUGUCAGAAGGCCAGGAAGUAGGCGUCCCUCCCUCCUGCGACAACUUGUCUAAUAUUUAUUGUAUAGCUUUGUUUGGGCUUGGACAAGGCCCCACUAGAAAAAGCAGGCCAUGCUGCAGGGUCCAUGACGUCACACUAGUGGAUAGUUUUCAUUGAUAAAUUCAUUGCCAUCACCAAUCCCAUAUGUUUUAGGUAAAUAAACAAGCUGGCUGUUUGUAAUGGUAAGAGUUUAGUACAACUAUCCACCACUGUGACGUAGUGUUGCGCUACCCGCGCUGCAGCAUGGCCUGUUUUUUCUAGAGGGGCCUUGGCUUGGAGCCUAAUAAGAAUAAGAAUAAUUUAUUCCAUUGAUCAUUUUACAAAGGAAUAGGACAAGUCAUAUACAUUACAAAAUAAUCAUCUUAAUACAAUCAAAUUUCUGAUACAUCAAAAUAUUACAUAAAAUACAAUUAGGCAUAAUAACUUAUUUUAAUUAAAAUUUAACAUCAAAAUUGCACUUGAUAAAGUCACUAAGGCUGUAAAAAGGAUUUUUAAUAAACCAAUUAUAAAUUGUAUUAAAAAAAAUAUUAUAAGCAACAAAUUUUGCACUCUCAGGUAGUGUAUUAAAAAAGCGAAUUGAGUUAAUUUUGGAGGAGUCAGCUGUUUUAGCCAGUCUAUGAGGUUUCAUGUUAAUGAAGAAAGUUACUGCAUUCGAGCUGAUAUCAAAGGCACAAUCAACACUAGUUUCACAGUUCUAAUGUUUGGAGUAAAAUGACUGACAAAGAAGUGUCAGGUUGUAUUUUGUAGUUUAAUUACCUUAGCUUGGCCAUUUCUUGAGAUAUUCAAUGUAAAAUAUCGGUAGUUAGGUGCUAUACUGAACAAAUGUAAGUACUUUGUAAAAUUCUAGUUUCACAAUGAUUUUUGGGCUUUCAGCUUCAACUCACAUUACUGUUAGUAUUACAUUUCAUACUCAGUAAUAUAUUUAUCCAUACAUGUAGAAAUUUACCUUGAAAUAGAUAAAUUAUAUUUUUCUUUAAAAUAUAUUUAGGUAAUAUGUAUUUAUGAUGAUAAUAGGUAAUUUAUUUUAUAUUGUCAAUUAAGAUUGCCAAAAAAUAGUUUUGGAUAUUUUUAUACGUA